GCUAAAGAUGGCGACAUACUGCUCGUGUGAAGACGGUGCCCUGGACUAUGAAUACGCCUCCAGCACGUCCCUUCACGGCCCGGGAAACAUCAUAAACGCCAAGCGUCCCGCCCACCGUGCUAUCUGGGUCGUGCUGUUCCUGGCAGCCUUCAGCGUUGCAGUUUGGCAAAUUACCGAAAGAUUUGUGGCGUACUUCAGCUACAAUACAGUAACCAGCAUGAAGGUCGAAUUCAAAGACGAGCUUGAUUUUCCUGCCGUCACCAUAUGUAACUUUAACAAAUAUCAGCUCUCCAAGGUGACACCUAGCGAGCUGGAUUAUAUAAACGAGGUUUUAGAACUCUCGGCAGGUUUUCUAGGAGACGACGUGGGUGAGUUGGGCUUCGACUAUGACGACUACGAUGACGAGGCCGCAGGCUUCGGGCCUGAGGAGCCCGACUACAGCCUCAACGUUUCAGCCAUCCCUGCCAAUUUUGAUCUGGCCGAUUUGACUCUAAAUGCCGGUUUUGUGCUGGACGAGGCCACAUUGCAAGAGUGCAAGUGGAGAGGGAAAAGGUGCUAUGCAGAUAACUUCACGCAUGUGUUCACCUCGUAUGGGAACUGCUGGACCUUCAAUGGCGACGAUAAGAAGAGGUUAAAACAAACCAUUCCGGGGUCAGGAAACGGCCUAUACCUGGUCAUCGAUGUGCAACAGGAGCAGUACACAGAAAAACCGCCGGGCGGGAAUUCUGACGCCGGGCUGAAGUUCCUGGUCCACCCGCUCUCCGAACCGCCCAAGAUCGACUCCCAGGGGACAGCGGUCCAGCCCGGCACGCACGUGUACGCCAGCAUACAGAAUAUACUCGUGAGUCUGUCUUCAGUACGUGUGUGA